UCUGUAGUCCAAUCAGAUGGAUCAACACCCUCCCUAUCUUUCCCUAGUCUCUCCAAUCAGAUGGAUCAACACCCUCCCUAUCUUUCUGUAGUCUCUCCAACACUUCUAGAUCAACUACUGGAGAUGGGAGUAGCCAUGGUGGGUUUACAGGAACAGCUACCAUUGGACUAAACUCUCUUCCAUAUGGUCCCAUCUCCUUCGCUUGGGUAUUACCCCACCUACCCAAAGCUCGUCUUCUGUCUUCGCUCAUGUUCCCAGCAUGCCUGUAAAAUCCCUUUCUCAGGAUGAGACACCCCAUGUCCUUGUAAGUUGACCAAAUAAUUCAAUGGCAGCUGCUGUCUCCUAACGCCCCGCUACAUAUUCUGAGUCCUUGUCCCUGUAUGACAUCUAGCCUUUCCAAUGAGGUCAGGGCUGCCGAACCAUACGCUAUACUGCCAUAGUCUAUUACAGAUGAGGUCAGGGCUGCCCAACCAUACGCUAUACUGCCAUAGUCUAUUACAGAUGAGGUCAGGGCUGCUGAACCAUACGCUCUACUGCCAUAGUCUAUUACAGAUGAGGUUAGGGCUGCCAAACCAUACGCUAUACUGCCAUAGUUUAUUACAGAUGACGUCUGGGCUGCCAAACCAUACGCUAUACUGCCAUAGUCUAUUACAGAUGAGGUCUGGGCUGCCGAACCAUACGCUAUACUGCCAUAGUUUAUUACAGAUAAGGUCUGUGCUGCCGAACCAUACGCUAUACUGCCAUAGUCUAUUACAGAUGAGGUCUGGGCUGCCGAACCAUACGCUAUACUGCCAUAGUCUAUUACAGAUGAGGUCUGGGCUGCCGAACCAUACGCUAUACUGCCAUAGUCUAUUACAGAUGAGGUCAGGGCUGCCCAACCAUACGCUAUACUGCCAUAGUUUAUUACAGAUCAGAUCAAUGUAACAUACAUGGUCCUGAAUGAGGAACGCCCAGCCCUCCCACUCCUUCUCCGUCAGACAACGCAUCACGUUUAGCACCUUCUUACACUUUCCCACCACUCUCUCGAUGUGUUCUGCCCAGGUCAGUCUAGUGUCAAAGUAUACCCCAGCCUCCCUCUGCAACUGGAUCCUGGACUUCCUGACAGGCCGCCUCGAAGUGGUAUGGAUAAAGGCCAUGAACCAAGAGAAACUCGCCAUACUUCAGGCCCAGGUUCGGAUAGGUGGAAAGGGAACAGCUCGUAGAAAAAAGAAGGUGGUUCACAGAACGGCAACAGCUGACGACAAAAAACUCCAGAGUUCUUUGAAGAAACUGGCAGUGAACAACAUCUCUGGUAUUGAGGAGGUGAACAUGAUAAAGGACGAUGGCACGGUGAUCCACUUCAACAACCCCAAGGUGCAGGCCUCUCUGUCUGCCAACACGUUUGCCAUCACAGGCCAUGCAGAGAACAAACAGCUGACAGAGAUGCUCCCAGGCAUCCUCAGCCAGCUGGGGGCAGACAGCCUCACCAGCCUCCGCAAACUGGCAGAGCGGUUCCCACGCCAAGUACUUGACAACAAAUCAAUGUCAAUCAGCAAACCAGAAGAUAUUGAGGAGGAGGACCACGUUCCAGAUCUUGUAGAAAACUUUGAUGAGGCGUCAAAGAAUGAAGCCGACUAACCAAUCCAAAUCCAGCCCUCUUCUACCCUCCACCCAGUACCAACGACCCAGUAUCAACUACCCAGUGCCAAUGACCCAGUACCAACUACCCAGUACCAACUACCCAGUACCCCACCUACUACCCAGUACCAACUACCGAGUACCAACUACCCAGUACCAACUACCGAGUACCAACUACCCAGUACCAAUGACCCAGUACCAACUACCCUGUACCAACGACCCAGUACCAACUACCCAGUACCAACUACCCAGUACCAACGACCCAGUACCAACUACCGAGUACCAACUACCGAGUACCAACUACCCAGUACCAACGACCCAGUACCAACUACCCAGUACCAACGACCCAGUACCAAUGACCCAGUACCAACUACCCAGUACCAACUCAGUACCCCACCUACUACCCAGUACCAACUCAGUACCCCACCUACUACCCAGUACCAACUACCCAGUACCAACUACUCUGUACCAACUCAGUACCCCACCUACUACCCAGUACCAAUGACCCAGUACCAACUACCCAGUACCAACUACCCAGUACCAACUCAGUACCCCACCUACUACCCAGUACCAACUCAGUACCCCACCUACUACCCAGUACCAACUCAGUACCCCACCUACUACCCAGUACCAACUACACAGUACCAACUACUCUGUACCAACUCAGUACCCCACCUACUACCCAGUACCAACGACCCAGUACCAACUACCCAGUACCAACUCAGUACCCCACCUACUACCCAGUACCAACUACUCUGUACCAACUCAGUACCCCACCUACUACCCAGUACCAACUACCCAGUACCAACUACCCAGUACCAACUCAGUACCCCACCUACUACCCAGUACCAACUCAGUACCCCACCUACUACCCAGUACCAACGACCCAGUACCAACUACCCAGUACCAACUCAGUACCCCACCUACUACCCAGUACCAACUACUCUGUACCAACUCAGUACCCCACCUACUACCCAGUACCAACUACCCAGUACCAACUACCCAGUACCAACGACCCAGUACCAACUACCCAGUACCAACGACCCAGUACCAACUACCCAGUACCAACUCAGUACCCUCUAUCAUGUGGGCUCAAACAGGGGCCUGUUCAGGAAGACGUAAUGUUACAGAACGUUCAGCUAAAGAAAAUGUAACGUAUAGAACAGAUAUGUCUUGUCAAAUGUAACGGAGAAUCAUGUCUGCUCUAUCCAUUCUAUUGACAUCUGUGACGUUCAGAAUGUUUCACUUUUAACUGAAUACACCCCAGACCUCUCUGUUAUGGUGGAACUGUCGUUAAAGGAACGGCCGUUAUCGUCUGGUAUUUUGGACAGAGGCCCAGUGUACCAACGCCAUAGCAACACAACAUAUAUUUUAACAGGCUGUCACAUUCGGGACUAGAUCCCCCUGAGUGACGUGGGCACUUGGUCUUUGCGUUCUUAAAUGGUACUCUUUGCCUCUUGUAGUAUCACAGUGAGUAAAUAAGAGUCCCAUUUCGAACGCACCUUACGAUCGGCAACAUCUAGAAGGUUUAAAUGGCCCUUUGCUAUAGCACGGCGAACACGUUUCAACCCAGUCAGACAUCAUUAGACUUAUUGAAUUGUUAUUCUUCCUGUGUAUUAAAAACAAAAUAUGUGAUCCAUUUUAA